AUGUCACCAAAUCCAGUAGAGUUGGUCGAUAAAGCUACAUCUGAAUAUUUGAUUCAGAUGGAUUGGACCACCUGCUUACAAAUAUGUGAUAUUUUAAAUAAUGAUUCUAUAAAUGCAAGAGGUGUUGUCAGAGCAAUCUUGAAGAGAUUUAAAGAGAAAUCAAGAGUUAUUAUGUUAGCAUUAGAAUUAUCAGAGUCACUCGUACAAAACUGUGAAUGUACACAUAUAUUCUUUGGUGAAAGAACUUUUCAGACUGAAUUAGCAAAGUUAAUCAUGAAUAGAAAGACAAAAGAGAAUGUUAAAGAUAAAGCAUUGGAAUUGGUAGAUACUUGGGGACAUGCUUUUCAAUAUAGACAAGACAUUCCAGGUUACUAUGAAUCAUAUUCUUUUCUUCAGCGUUCGGGAUACAAGUUCCCACCAAAGAGACCGGAUGCACCUGUACUAAAUUUCAAUAGAGGAAGAGGUGCUCCUCCUUCUUCGCAGUCAAGACCACAAUCAUCGAUGAUGCCACCACCACCAUCAGCACACUCUAGCAACAACAACACUGCCUCCAGACCGACCUCGUCGUCAGCGGGAGCAGCACCGACCAGUCUUGCUUCCUAUACAACCGUUCACCAAGAUAUCUCAUCGAUCAAAGGCAGUCUCUCUGUGUUCCAAGAGAUGGUGUCGUUCUUGAAUGUCGAAGAGGAAGAUCCCGCCGACAAUGCACUGCUCCAAGAGCUGAAGACACUGCUCAAGGAGAAUCAAAACAAAGUGACCGAGUUGAUUCAGAAUGGCUCGGCAUCGGAGCGUGAACUUGAAACACUGUUGCUGUUGAACGACGAGUUGGUUCGUGCAUUCCAAGACUACGAUAAUUGUUGUGCCAAGCGAAAGCAGUUUGUCGACAACGGAUACAGACCAGUUCCACUGCCCGCCAAGAAACCAGUCAACGAAUUGAGAGACAUUGAUUUUUCAGGUCAAUUCAACACUCUUUCCAUUGGUCCUCCACAACCACAACAUCAUCAUCACAUUGGUCAACAACAACAAAUGCAACAACAACAACAACAACAACAGCCACAACAACAAUAUAAUAGCAAUCCAUUUACAUCAAAUUAUAAUGGUAAUAAUGGAUAUCCACAACAACCUCAACAACAACAACAACAACCAGUAUUACUUAACAAACCUCCAGCAUCAAAUCUAAACUAUAAUAUUUAUAAUUCACCCUCUAAUAAUCAACAACAACAACAACAGCCAUCAUUCCAACCACAACAGCAACAACCUCAACAACAGCCAUCAUUCCAACCACAACAACAACAACAACAACAACAAUUUGAUGAAUUUGAUUUAUUCCUUGCAAAUAGAAAUCAACAGCAACAGCAACAACCUCAACAACAACCAACAGCACCAUCAUUCAAUCCAAAUACAUCGACCAAUCCAUUUGCAAUUACACCAUAUAAUAAUAGCAACAACACUAACAACAUCCCACAAACUGCCAAGUCAACACCAGCAAUCAUGCCACCACCACAAUCAAACAAUCAACCACUUAAACCCUCUGCUCCAAUGCCACCACCUUUUAACAAUCCAUUCAGCCCAAGCUUUCCAAACUACAAUGCUCUAUCACAACCAUCUCCAAAUAAUAACUACAUGAACAAUGGUAUGAACAAUGGAAUGAAUAACGGUAUGAAUAAUGGUAUGAAUGGUGGAUCUGGUAAUCCAUUUGGAGGCAUGGCUUAUCAACAACCUCAACCACAACAACAACAAAACAUGAGAGGUGGUAUGCCAAUGUAUCAGAACCCUCAACAGCAACAACAACAACAACAACCAAUGGGAUAUCAAUAUCAAAACAAUAAUGAUCCAUUCCAACAGACGCCUUAUAUGCCAAGUCCACAACCAUCGAACCCAUAUCAAUCACCAUACUCUAACUUCACACAAUACAAUAACAACAAUAGUUCGCCAAUGAACAACAACAACAACCAGACACAACCAAACAAAAACAAUCCAAAUCUAAACUCACUCAUCUAA